AUGCCGACCGCACGGACGUCCGAGGACCCGGCGCUCUCCAGCCGCAAGCGCAAGGCCGAUGACUUUGAGUGGGAGGCGUCCAAAGAGAACGUGAUGCCGCUCAAGCGCGGCCGCAACGUCGUGGACUUGAACCAGGCGCUGCGUGCGCACGACUCUGUGCAGACGAAGCUCCGACUGGAGACGGAAAUGAAGACCAGGGAAGCGGCGAUUGCGGCGUACGCGGGAGACGAUCCACUGGCGCACUGGCUCGAGUACGUGCGGUGGCUCGAGGUCCAGAUGCCGGAGGACACGCGGAAGAAGUUCAAAGUCUUGGAAAAGUGCACGCGCGAGCUCAAGGACGAUCGGAAGUACCGGAACGACAUGCGAUACGUGCGACUCUGUAUCCAAUACGCGGACUUGGUGUCCAAUCCUAAGGACAUUUUCCGGUACUUGUAUCAGAAUAAGAUCGGCGAGCGUGUCUCGCUGUUCUACAUUGGCUGGGCUUACGUGCUCGAGACGAUGGCCAAUUACCCUCAAGCGCACAAGAUCUACUUGAAAGCCAGCCAGAAGAAGGCAGAGCCGCAGGAUCUGUUGGAGAGAAAGUACAAGGAGUUCCAGCGGCGGAUGAGUCGCCAGUGGUUGAGAAUGAACGAAGAGACUGGUGCUGACGACGUGAGUGAGCGUGAGCAGCUACACCAACACCAUGCGUCUGCUCGGGCUCAACGGGUUCAGAAAGUAAAUGCGCACAAACCGGUAUUUACUGUGUAUGAGGACCCUGUCGUACGCCAUGUCGAUCCUUUUUGCGGUAACGGUGAGUGGAAAAAGCUUGGCACCAUGCAGCAGCAAGACAAGGAAAAUGAGCUGGCACCCAGCGCUUGGAAUCCAUUAGCUGCUUCUACAGCUACUGGCUCUGGCCAUAAUCGUGAGCGUCUUCCCUCGUAUACGUCGAGAAGCCAUCCACAAGCCAUCUCCCACCAGGUCUUUGUGGACGAUGAGUUUUCUGUGCCUGACAGCGAAACGAAACGACAGACACCUCUAACACAUCGUUCUCAAACUCUGCGACAGCGUAUGGAAGGAGUGGCUACGGAGGAAGAAAUGCUUGCACGAAAGCCGCUGAAGAAUUUCACAGCCAGCGAGCAAAAGACGCGGGUAGAAAAGCAAGCACCAAGAAGCAGGGUUGAACAGCCUUGUUACGAUGUUAAGCAAACCAUGUCCGACGCAGGCGAAGCCGUUUCCUUCGAAGAAGUUCGAGCACGUGCGUACAAGCGCGCUAACGAUAGACACUGCCCGGCUGCUCAGCAAACACUGCAUGAUGUGUCGAGCAGUGUCGAUUGUGCACCCAAAGUAACUGCAGCCCCGUCUAUAUCAACCACGUCGGCGACUGGUUUGAUAGCUUCUCACGGAUUUCCGCUUUCAACACAAAAGCCUGCGAUCACGCUGUCAAAAUCCCGUAACGAAAAGCCUAUCGAGCGAGGGCUGCCACUGGUAUCUGGAUCAACGAUGAUUAGUGGAACGGCUGAAGCGAGCAACGCUGACCAUGACGAUAUGACUAUUAACACUCGUGUUGCGCUGGAAGACAUUAACAAGAUGUUUUGCAGCCCACCGAAACAGCCUAAGGAUACUGUUUGGGAAGUAAAGGAGGAUGAUCCUGUCGAGCGGAAGCUUCACUUUAGUGUUUACGAUGAUUCGGUUGAUAGCAUAUCAGUGGAUGCACAGGAUCAGUCACUGCGUCAAGACACGAACGAAUCUAUUCCGACGCAGCCUUUCCAGGUUUUCACGGAUGAUGUUUCCGAAGGUUCACGAAUGGAAAGAAAGAUUUGGAGUCAGAAAAGGAAGCCCCUGGGCAUUCGGGAUGAUCUGGUACGCGUCGGACGUCUGACGAACAAAGACGCUCUUGUGCAAGCCGAAAAGGAUGUCGCUGCGAAGAAAUUGCCUGAUAGCGGCCGAGUUCAAGAUGCUAUGAAGUACAUAGCACGAGACCGACCACCGAGACAUAUUGUGCAGCCUACUUUUGUACGGCCCAGUUCGAAAGCCUGCAAGUUAGACCCGUACACUCACGAAAACCGUCAAGCUCUGAUCCUUGAUCAGCGAGUUGACCGGUAUCUGUGGUCGAGACCCGAUGCCGUUAAAACUCACACACAAAAGCUGCCGCGAUUUCCGUGCAACAAUCCGGCCAAGCGGAAAUUGCGAAAACCAGUUAUUGUCAGGGCCAGUCACACGCUAACGCUUCAGCUUGUCGAAGUGCUAGGUUCAGGUUCGUUUGCGCAUGUCUUCUCCGCCAACGUUGUUGAUGCGGCAAGCAGCAUCACUUUCAGCAAAGCUAUCAAGUUUGAAAAGGAGCGCCAGAAUCUAGCUUGGGAAUUCUACGUCACGAACAAGAUCAUCAAGAUCUUACGGAACAAGAAAAAGCUUUUGGAGGAGAAGAUUCCGGUGCCUGCACUCAAUGCACUCCACUUGUUUCCGAAUGGAGCUCUGCUUAUGAUGGAUCAGGGCCGCGCGGGUACACUUUACGAUGUCUUGAAUCGCUACAAGCAGUCCGGAGUCAUUUUCCCUGAAGUUUUGGCUGUCUACUACACCAUUAGGAUGCUGCGUUGCAUCGAGCUGGUCCAUAGCGCAAAUGUUCUUCACGGCGAUAUUAAACCGGACAAUUGGCUGAUGAUAUCUGGAUAUCCUUCACUAGAGUUCUGUACAAGGAUGGAAGGGCUAGACUUCGACAAGGUCUUCCACGCAAGUGAUCUCUAUCUGAUCGACUACGGAAGGUCCAUUGACCUCAGCCUUUACUCAGAGGGAACCGUCUUUACAGGCAAUUGCCAUGUGAAAGGAUUCCAAUGCGUUGAGAUGUUGACACAGCGUCCAUGGACCCACCAAAUCGACACGUUUGCCUUCUGUGCAACGGUACACUGCAUGCUAUUCGGAGAUUACAUGGAAGUCAAGCCACUGCGCGACUCUAAGAGCACGACGACAUGGGGGAUCGUUAGGCCAUUCAAGCGGUACUGGCAUGUUGAGAUGUGGAAGCAUUUGUUUCACGCACUGCUGAAUGUAAGCAGUUGCACGGAACAACCAUCUUUAUCCGACCUUCGGAAGCGCCUGGAAAAUUACUUCGUGGCCGACACAAGCCGUCAACAGGAACUCGUCAAACAGCUAAGCCGUCAAGACGUUCUUCUAGGAAAACCGAUGGUUAAGAUAAGGACAUCAAUAAUUUAA